GUGAGGAAGUAAACUUGUCCUUUUUUUUUUAUUUAGGACCACACCCUUCUCAGAUGGUGUGGUCCUAGUUUGGUCCUGGUUUGGUCCUAAUUUGGAAAUGUCAUAGUUUGGAAAUGUUUUUUGAAUUUGGCAUAAAUUUAAUUCAAUGAUUUGCUUUGAAUGCAGCAUGAAAGACCUGUGAGCAGAAAACCAAAAUGGGCAACUGAUUUUAUCACCAUGCCACAGUACAACAAACUUAUCAUGGGAACAGGAGACAGAGAGAUCCAGUUGUAUGAGCUGUCCUCUCUAGAGCCGUACUGUCAGAUCAGUUCCCUGGAGACAGUCCCUCUGAGACUGGACUACUGCUACACCGGACCUGAUGAGUGUUCUAUUUUGUAUGGAGACUCCCAGGGCUGCGUGAAUAUCAUAUUAAUUACCUCCGUGGGGGAGACUCUGAGAAUGUGGAAGAAAUUACCAAAAAUUGAGAAUGUGCCUAACAUCGGGAUAGACAACGCAGUGCUUUCUCAGAAUGUGACAUACAUUCGAUGGAAGGUCCACCAGGACUGGGUGACAAAGGUGAAAUAUUUUCCAGACAUUUGUGCGAUUGUUUCCACCUCCAAUCAUGAAGCCUCUUCCCUCGUCAUAGGCUGCGUUCUCCCGUCCACCAACAUCGAGCAGCAGAUGAGGGAAAUCAGGGAGGUGUGUCGGGAUGGGAAGGCCAAGAGAGCCCUUUCUAAUAACAAUGGGUCUCCUCAGCCCCGGGCACCAUGUGACCAGACCGUCUUCAAUGUCUACAAGGGCGUCAUGACCUUUGACCUCAGCAAACAGCACAACCUGCUGGUGACCGGAGGGAUGGACAGGGUGCUGCGUCUGUGGAACCCCUACGUCCCUGGGAAGCCCACAGGUGUGUUAAAGGGACACUCUGCUCCCAUCUUCUACCUCUUCAUCUCCUCAGAGGAAAACCGUAUAUUUUCUGUCUCUAUGGACAACACUGCCAAGAUCUGGGAUAUCCAUGACCAAAUCUGCCUCAUCACAGCCCACCCCAAAGCCAGCCUCAUCCGUGGAGACAUGUCUGCAUGCCUGUAUUCUCCUUCCAUCAAGGCACUGUACAUCGCAGCAGACUCACUAGCGCUGCUCUCUCUCAGGACCAGUCCCCAGCCCCAGGGACAUCUGAUCGUGUCUCACAUGGAGCCUGUGUUGUGCUGCGGCUAUAGCCACGAGUUCAGACAGGUCGUCAGCUGCACAGAAGGAUCCGUGGUGAAGGUGUGGGAUUUCGACACAGGGAGCCAUGUGUUUGAAUUUGGUGGUGCCCACGGACAGUCUGCCAUUACCUGUAUGACUUUUGACCCCAAGGGAAGGAGACUGGUCACUGGGGGGAGAGAUGGCAUUCUAAAGAUCUGGAACUUUAACAAUGGUCAGUGUCUGAAGAUACUAAAAAAAGAUGGGGAGUCCAACGAGGUGUGUGACUGCACCUACCUGACAGUCCACAGAAACACGUAUGUGAUGUCUGUUGGAUGGGACCGCAGGAUUGACGUCUACUCUGAUUCACCAGACGAGCCUCACCACAUCCAGAAGCCUCAGCCCUCAUGGCAAGACGAUCUGAGGAGGGGCCACAUAGAGGACAUCCUGUGUGUGGCCCAGUGUCCCCCCUCCCUUCUAGCCACCAGCAGCUAUGACGGGGAGGUCAUUGUGUGGAACCUGGUCUCCGGACACAUCCAGUGUCGCUUUGCCAGCCCUCUGCAACCUGACUGCUGCCAUGCCCAAGGGAUGGAUACCUGUGUUCCCAGCAUCAUCUUCCUGAGGAGCCGAGCAUUACAUGCUAAGUUCUCCUCCGCUGCAUGCCUCCUGUCCUCAGGACCCACAGGUUGCAUUCAUUUCUGGAACGUGCUCAACGGUGGGAAAUUAUUGGCCAACUUCGAGGCAUCUAGGUUCCAGCAGCUGAUCACUAAACUGGCAGUGACAAAGGAAGACACCUCACUGUAUGCGGCUGAUCAACUUGGCUAUGUCUAUGUUUAUGACAUAAAGACAUACGCUCUUGGCUCAGAGAGAACCCCACCGAGAGCUGAAAACUACUGGCGUGCCCAUACUGGCAGCAUCACCGGGUUGCAGAUUGUUGACGAUGACCAAGUACUGCUCACCUCGUCUAUAGACUGCACUGUGCGCCUGUGGAGUGCUGACGGAGAUUUCAUAGGCACGUUUGGGCAGCGGGACAAUUGGAGCAUCCACACCCCUUCCUCCUGGAAGCAUCCUGCCGUUCCCUAUGAGAUCCUGAUCGACCCUCUGAGUAUGCCAGCUCACCGCAUCCUGGAGGGAGAGACCAGAGUGUCCGAUGUCAAUAACGCUGACAACUCUGAGGCCACUAGCACCGAGCAAAAGUCCAACUCGCCCAGCAAGCUUAGACACCCUCCACUGUCCUUCAGCGACACAGACAUCAUGGAGGAGAUGAAAACCUCUUGUUACACAGAAGAACAUGGGAAACGACUCCGACAUGAAAUAUUCAAGCAUACUAACAAGCCACCCAAUCAUGGCGGACCCAAGGCCUACCACACUCUCAAGUACUUUGAUAUCGUCGACACCCCAGCACCCUGCGAGAGGCCUGAUCUUUCCCUGGCUGGCAUAGAUCCUUUCAUGUCCAGCUUUGUGGAGCAGGAGUUGGCUGAAUUCCAAUAAGAUCCCAAUUGUAACAGGAACUCAAACUGUGACCAUAGGUCCUGUGCAUCAUGAACUCAACAUGCUUCAAGGACAGAGGAGUUACAACACCAUCAAAAAUAAUCAGAAGAGCUGAAAUGUGAGCUGUUGCACAACUUUAAAGAGUUGCACAGUCCUGGAUUGAUUAGGGGAGACCGGGGUUUGUUGUCACACUUUUUUACUAAUUAGUGUAUUUCUCAGCACCAGUACAUCUUACAAGACUAUUUUCAAGAAGAUUAAGACCAAGGUCUUGGGUUGAAAUGGGGACCAUUUCUAUCCUCUUAUCUUAUUCCAACAUGGAGUUAUAAGCCAUUAAACAUUCUCUGUCCACUUGUGACAACCUGGGCCCAGAUUUACAAAACACUUCUUACGCAAGAAUGUAAGAAGCUUCUAAAGGGAAAAAAAGUAAAUAAGUUCGUAAGUGCAAUUCCUCAACAAUAUCUUAAGAUGUAAUGAUUUUCUUACGAACUUCUCAAAUAUCUAUUUACAAAUCUUCUUAACCUGUCUGGGAACGGAGUUCACAGCCAGUGAAAUUGCAGGGCGCCAAAUACAAAUCAACAGAAAUUUCUCAAACAUACAAGUAUUGGGCACCAUUUUAAAGAUAAAAUUCUCGUUAAUCCAGCCACAGUGUCUGACUUCAAAAAUGCUUUACAGCGAAAGCUCCACGAACGAUUAUGUUAGGUCACCACCAAGUCACAGAAAAACCCAGCCAUUUUUCCAGCCAAAGAGAGGAGUCACAAAAAGCACAAGUAGAGAUAAAAUUAAUCACUAACCUGAUGAUUUUCAUCAGAUGACACUCAUAGGACUUCAUGUUACACAAGAAAUGUAUGUUUUGUUCGAUAAAGUGCAUAUUUGUAUCCAAAAAUCAAAUUUUACAUUGGCGUGUUAUGUUCAGUAGUUCCAAAACAUGCAGGGAUUUUUGCAGAGAGCCACAUCAAUUCACAGAAAUACUCAUGAUAAAUGUUGAUGAAAAUUCAAGUGUUAUGCAUGGAACUUUAGAUAAACUUCUCCUUAAUGCAACCGCUGUGUCAGAUUUUUUAAAAACUUUACGGAAAAAGCAUAAUCUGAGUACAGGGCUCAGAGCCCAAAAUAGCCAAAAGAAAUAUCCGCCACGUUGUGCGUUAGUCUUAACAUUAGUCUUAACUAGCAUUAUAAAUAUUCAUUUACCUUUGAUCUACAUCAGAAUGCACUCCCAGGAAUCCCAGUUCCACAAUAAAUGUUUGAUUUGUUCAAAAAAGCUCAUUUAUGUCCAUAUACCUCCUUUUGUUAGGGUGUUUGGUAAACAAAUCCAAACGCGCGUGAAAGUCCAGCGGAAAGGUCGGAUGAAAAUUCCAAAAUGUUAUAUUACUGGUCGUAGAAACAUAUCAAACUAUGCAUAGAAUCAAACUUUAGGAUGUUUUUAUAAUAAAUGUUCAAUAAUGUUCCAACCGGAGAAUUCCAUUGUCUGUAGAAAAGCAAUGGAACGAGAGCUACCUCUCAUGUGAAAUGCGUGUGACCAUCGCGUGACUGCUGGCAGACCUCUGACUCAUUCCCCUCUCAUUCAGCCCCCCCUCCUAGUAGAAGCCUCAAACAAUGUUCUAAAGAUGGUUGACAUCUAGUGGAAGCCUUAGGAAGUGCAACAUAACCAAUAUCCCACUGUGUAUUCGAUAGGGGCUGAGUUCAAAAACUACAAACCUCAGAUUUGGUUGUUUGGAUUUUUUCUCAGGUUUUUGCCUGCCAUAUGAGUUCUGUUAUACUCACAGACAUCAUUCAAACAGUUUUAGAAACUUCAGAGUGUUUUCUAUCCAAUACUAAUAAUAAUAUGCAUAUAUUAGCAUCUGGGACUGAGUAGGAGGCAGUUUACUCUGGGCACGCUAUUCAUCCGGACGUGAAAAUAUACUGCCCCCUAUCCCUAAGAGGUUUUAAGAUGUUUGUUGCUAGGCUACCGUUUUACCUAGCUAUCAAUGGCAAUCAUGGUAGCAUAUUUGUUACUGAGAUUACUGUUCUAAAACAUAUUCUUGGGUUUAAAAUAAUCAAUACUGAAUCUUUCAGAUAAAGUUUUAGUUAAUUAAACAUGUUCAAUUCCUUUCAUGAGCUUUUCUCUCACUGCCCUGAGUUUAAGACAAGGGUUUAGCUAUCUUAGAAUUUAGAACAAUUCCAAGAACCUUAUUUUCUAGAAUCAAAUUUCUUCUUAACUUUUUGCUUAUUAAGGGGUCCCGCUAGCUGGACAACUUCCGGUGAAACUGGAGGGCGCGUAGUUCAAAUAAAUUCAAAUAAAUAUUAUGGAUUAUAAACAUUUAGGUACAUAUAAGUGUCUUAUAUCGGCUGAAAGCUUAAAUUCUUGUUAAUCUAACUGCACAGUCCGAUUUACAGUGGCUAUUACAACGAAAACAUGCCAUGCAAUUUUGUGGAUGGCUCCCCAAGUCAAAAUAUUUUUCCACCGGCAUAGGUUUCAUGCAUUCAUAUAUAAAGAUUAAAUAUUCACUUACUUUUUGCUAUAACAUGUAGUGUCGUUUUGUUAGAUAAAAUCCUUCUUUAUAUCCCAAAAAGUCUGUUUAGUUGGUGCCAUCGAUUUGAGUAAUCCACUUGUUCAACUUGCAAAGAAAGGAAUCUGAAAAUCUACCCCUAAACUUUGUUUCAACAAGUCAAAAUACAUUUCUAUUUACUGCUCAGAUACCCUAAAAUGUAAUCAAACUAUAAUAUUUAUUUCAGAAAGAAGUAUGUUCAAUAGCGAGCGCAAACACGGAUUUCCAAGACUGUGUCCUUCUACUAAAACUGUUAUUUCUUAUUCGUUUUUGAAUUUACAAGCCUGAAACCUUGAUCACAGACUGCUGACACCCUGUGGAAGCCAUAGGAAUUACAUCCAGGGAGCUAAUUUACAAUAUAACCUUUCUCUUGCAUUUCUAAAAGGAUUCCGGUUUGGUUUUUCUUUGGAUUUUCUCCUAUCAUAUCUAUUGUGUUAUAUUCUCCUACAUUAUUUUAACAUUUAUACAAACUUCAAAGUGUUUUCUUUUCAAUGAUACCAAUUAUAUGCAUAUUCUGGCUUCAGGGCCUGUCACGACUUCCGCUGAAGUUGGUCCCUCUCCUUAUUCGGGCGACGUUCGGCGGUCGACGUCACCGGUUUUCUAGCCGCCACCGAUCCACUUUUCAUUUUCCAUUUGUUUUGUCUUCAUUGUACACACCUGGUUUCCAUUCCCGUAAUUAUAUGUUCCUUAUUUAACCCUCUGGUUCCCCCAUGGUUUUGUGCGUGUUUGUUCAUUGUAAGUUGGUCUGUAUUUGUGAGCUUGAUUAUUUUCCUUCUUGGAAUAUUUGUUGUUUUGAGUAAAGUUACGUGAAUUGCUCAUCUCUGUGUCCUGCGCCUGACUCCGCCUUACCUGCCACAUCUAGACGCCUUACAGGGCCUGAGCUACAUGCAGUUUACUUUGGGCACGUCAUUCAGGCGGAAAUGGAGAAAAAAGGGGUUUAGCCCUGAGAAACAUAAGAAAUCGCCCAAGAAAAUUUCCCAAAACCUUUUCGAAGAAUAGCAACUUUGCUUAACUUUCUUCUUAAAUCUAUAGUUAAGGAAAAAGUGGCAUUUAAGAAGAAAUGUCUUUUUACGAAGGUUUUGUGAAUCAUCCUGGGGUUGGUUGUCACACAGUGUGGGGUUGGUUGUGUUUACUAUUUGUUUUUCAGCAACAAUCUAACCAAGUUACAAAGUUUUGAAAAAAGUAAAGCCUUUAUUUAUUGAACGUUAUUUCUGUCUAGCAUAAUACAAAUAAAUAAGUACAAAUAAAUUCAACAUAGUUAUAUUUGCUUUGACAUUGUAGUUCUUACUCAACCCAAAUCGUCAUAUCAAUGCUUAAUUUAACAAACAACAAUAAACAUAUGAUAUUUGGAUGAAAA